ACUGGGCCAGGCCUGCCUCCCGAAUGAGGCCUGGUUCAAUGGCGGCGGUGAGGGCCGAGGAGGAGUGCGAGGCUAAGGCUGAGGGGACUCUGCCCGCCCCGCGCCCCACCCUCCUUCCCCGGCGGAGCGGCCAUGGCGUGGCGAGGCUUCCGAGGGCCGCUAGGCCUCCCUUGGCUACUCCCGCCGCCGAGGGCGAGGGCUGCUCUCCCGGGACGCCUCAGCAGCAGCUGCAGCCAAGCUGGCUUGGGCCCUGUGCCGCCUUGGCUGCUGCGCUCGGGGGCCUUCGUGGGAGGCCGAUGGCUGGAAGGACAGGCCGCCUUCCCCGUCAGGGACCCGGCCACCGGCCUCGAGCUCAGCAGGGUGGCCGACUGCGGGGCGGCCCAGGCCCAGGAGGCGGUGAGGGCCGCCUACGAGGCCGGGGCUGCUUGGGGCAGAGCCUCCGCCAAGGAAAGAGGUGCAUUACUUCGUAAAUGGCAUGAUUUGAUGAUAGAGAAUAAAGAUAGCCUUGCAAGGAUCAUCACAGCAGAGAAUGGGAAACCACUGAAGGAAGCGCAAGGAGAGAUUCUGUACUCUGCUUCCUUCUUGGAAUGGUUUGCCGAAGAAGCUCGCCGUGUUUAUGGUGAUAUCAUUCCAUCUUCUGCAAAAGACAGAAGAAUUUUGGUACUGAAACAGCCCGUGGGGGUUGCUACCAUCAUUACCCCUUGGAAUUUUCCAAGUGCUAUGAUUACACGAAAAGUGGGUGCAGCUUUGGCAGCUGGCUGUACAGUGGUGGUGAAGCCAGCAGAAGAUACACCUUUAUCUGCAUUGGCACUUGCUGAGCUUGCAAACCGGGCUGGCAUUCCUGCUGGAGUAUAUAAUGUCAUUCCAUGUUCUAGACAACAGGCAGCAGCAGUUGGGGAAGUGCUGUGCACAGAUCCUUUGGUCUCCAAAAUCUCCUUUACUGGCUCAACAGCCACAGGAAAGAUACUGCUGCGCCAUGCUGCUGGCACUGUGAAGAGGGUCUCGAUGGAGCUUGGAGGACAUGCUCCAUUCAUAGUGUUUGACAGUGCUGAUCUAGACAAAGCUGUUACAGGAGCUCUAAUGUCUAAAUACAGAAACUCAGGCCAGACCUGUGUAUGCACAAACCGAUUCCUAGUGCAAAAAGGGAUCCAUGAUGCAUUUGUGGAAAAGUUUGCAGAAGCUAUGAAGAGAGAGCUAUUUAUUGGCAAUGGGUUUGAUGAGGGGACUACACAGGGGCCACUAAUUAAUGAAAAAGCUGUGGAAAAGAUUGAAAAACACAUUCAUGAUGCAGUGUCACAAGGUGCUUCCAUUAUUGCUGGAGGAAAAAGACACAGUUAUGGGAAGAAUUUCUUUGAGCCAACUCUACUCAGCAAUGUCACCACAAGCAUGCUGUGUGCGCAAGAGGAAACAUUUGGUCCUCUGGCUCCACUUAUCAAGUUUGAUACAGAGGAAGAAGCUCUUGCCAUAGCAAAUUCAGCCAAUGUGGGUUUAGCAGGCUAUUUCUACUCUCAAGACCCUGCCCAGAUUUGGAGAGUUGCAGAGCAGCUAGAAGUUGGAAUGGUUGGUAUUAAUGAAGGAAUUGUGUCUGCUGUGGAGUGUCCUUUUGGUGGUGUAAAACAAUCUGGGCUAGGAAGAGAAGGUUCAAAAUAUGGUAUAGAUGAAUAUUUGGAAAUAAAGUAUGUUUGUUUUGGAGGGUUACAAUAGCCAUUUGUUAGGUGUUUUAUCAUGACAGGGCUAGGAAGCAGAUGUAUUAGAAAAUUCAUAAGCUUUGUAUAGCAAGAUUAUCUGUCCCCCUUUCCCCUCUUAAAUUAGAUGCAAUCAUGUUUAUAUGUAAUGCUGUCUUUACAUCGCCAUAGUUUUAAGUAUGUAAAGCAACUACUCUGGAAUACAUUUCUGUGUAUACACACUGUAAGAAUAUAGAUGUACUUAUUCUUAAUGUUCUUAACCAUAAUGCUGGAACAAAUCAUAAUGUACUUCAGAAGAAUGUGGAGCUGAUUACUAAUUGAAGUAUGCAUUUUUGGAGGUAACAAACCAGGAAAAAAGGUACUUGUCUACUGAUUUUUACCCAGAUUGUGAAAGUGGCAAUACCUUGAACAAUUGUGCCAAAUACUGAAGUUGAUCCUCUUUCUAACUUCUACUGGUUGUCUAAUGUAGGACUUCUAUGAGAACUUAAUACUAAUAGGUUAAGAAAUAUUCCACACUCUGGUAUUAUUUUUCAGCUGUUGACUGGAACUUAAGUGCCUUUGAAGGCAUAUGUGUAGUUCUGAAAGAAUACUUUACUAUUUAUAGUAAGAUUAGGACAUAUUUAAGGAGAGACUUGUGAUUUGUGCAUAGCAGCUGAAAACUGUGACCAAAAGUUACAUUUGAACAAUAGCACAAAAAUAUGAGCAUCCGCCAUUUUAGUGUCUUCCCACUGGAGAAACUGUAAUGUAUUCUAGGAUCUUCCAAGUAUUCCUGAUGGCAGAAAAGGGAAACUUCUCAGUUUCUAGGAGGCAAUAACUAUAUUGAUGAGCACAAAUGCAGAGGAAAUCCAUUCAGAUUUAUCUUGCCCAGAAGUCACAUGAGAAAGCAGGUAUUUAAUCAAAAUGCUACAGUAAGCGGGCUCACGUUUCUUUUAUCCCAAUCCACCCAUUGCACAUAUUGCCAAGUAGUACUUCCUUUCUGAAGAAUAGUCUGUCUCUCUGUGGUCCUCACACAUUCUAAGAUAUGAAAAGCUGAAAACAUAGUUUUAAGCUCAUGAACAAAGAAAUCUUGCAGUAUCAGGAGCUAACUAAAAAAACCUCCUGUGAACUAUAUAUAUAUAUAUAUAAAGGAAAUAAUUUUGGCCAUUCCAUUUAUUUUAACAUGGUUUUGUUGGCACCUACCUGAAGUCAUGUCAAUGUGCUUCUUGUUUGUUUUGUUGCCUGUAGAAGUUGGUUGUUCUUAUUUGGAUGUUCCGUUAAGUACUCUUUGUAUGAUUAUGGAUACAUUUGAUGAAAAUGUUAGUAUAACAGUGGCACAUAAACACUGCUACAUUGGAUUUGCACUUUAUCCACAUUGCAAAUCUUCAUGUGAGGUCCUGCACAAUGUUUUUGAGAGAUCUUGGCUACUUUUGAAAAAAUGUAAUAUGUCCAUGAUCCAAAGAGCUGCUUCAGAUGAACCUAAGGGCUUGGAUACAUGGAAAUUUCUACCAUAAACUACAAACCUCUGCAAUACAUUAGACUACUUCUGAAGCAGAACACUGCUCUUCAAAGUGAUCUGCAACAUGAGCAUUUACCAUUCAAAAAGUACCCUUUUGGACAUAUAUACCUUCUGUGUGUGUGUGUGUGUGUGUUGUCAUUGUUUUAACUAAAGCUUAGUGUGAAUGAAUUUGUACUACUGUGUGUUGUUUCUGCUGUAAUGUAUUAAGGAUACAUAAAAUUAUGGUACUUCUAAAAAGCACAUUUUGUAGCACUAAUGCUGCCCUACAAAAGAGCAAGAAGUACCUAAUGCUUCAUAUGUAUGGCAGCAACCAGAAUAGUUCAUGAAGAAAUCAUUGUGCCAAAGGAGGCUGAGGACAAGAGCUAUAAAAAAUACAGUUGUGUAUGGCAUAUAAAGACAUUUUUGUGAUCCUAUGUGCCCUUUACAAAGAAUGGUCUGCAAAAAAAAAAAAAGCUGUACAUAUUUCCUGAUGUUAGCCCAACAUAUGAAGAUAAAUUCAGAUGGCCAGGUGAUAAACAAAAAGAAUUUCAGCCUUAGAACUUCAGAUGCUAUGCUGAAAUGAAUUAUCUAUUCUGAUUGAGCAAGCAACUGGGAUGGGGGAAUAACUUUUAAGUUUCUUUUUUUUUUUAAUGCCAUUUAAAAACAUUUCAAAUUUUAGGGGGAAAAUAAAGGGAAAGAAUUUAUGAGAAGCAUAACUAGUUUAUAGUGUGUAACAAGAUACUACUAGGCUAUUGCUCUAAGAACUUUUUCUGGUAUUGGUGUAGGUUGGCUAAAUACAUAUUUCUAUGUUUCCUGUUUUUUAAUGUAACUAUUAAAAUUGUUGUAUACAAUGAUACCCUAACAGAGGAAGAUACUUGAAUUCUUAAUUUUGCUCUUUUACCUAAAAGUGUGUUUAAAAGAGAUAGUGUUAAAAACAAAACUAUUAAUGUAAUAAAUGUUUAACUUUCAAAUUA